GGUUUGAGGGUGUAUUUUGCAAAAUAUAGUGUGGAAUUGUGAGGUUAGAUUACUGCCGAUUUCGCAAGACUUUCCAAGAUUUCCCGGAUUUUCAGCUUUUCCUGUGAUGGACGAUGACUACGACGAGGAGUUGGGUGCCACGAUGGAGGAGGACUACUACACCUUCCUCAAUGUGCCGAGAAAUGCCACGACAGAACAGAUAAACACAGCCUAUCGGCACCUGAGUCGUAUCUAUCAUCCUGACAAGCAUGUGGCGGACGUGCGGAAGAAGAUCGAGGCAGAGGCGCUGUUCAAUCGCUUGAAGACGGCAUACGAAGUGCUGUCUGAUCCUCACAAGAGGGCCAUCUAUGACUCCCUUGGCGUAAAGGGGCUGGAAACAGACGGAUGGGAGGUGACACUCCGCCAGAAGACACCCGCGGAGAUCCGCGAGGAGUACGAGCGACUGGCGAAGGAGCGUGAGGAACGGGCGCUGCAGCAGAAGACAAAUCCCAGAGGGAAUGUGACGGUGAUGGUGAACGCCACGGAGAUUCUCUGUCCGUACUAUGAUGAGUUCGAUGAGAAGCUGCUGCCCACAGUGGAGGUGACGGGUAUCAGCAUGAGUCAGCAGAUAGACGCGCCGCUCACCGUCCGGGACACGGUGACGCUGGCCGGGAGUCUGUCGGCGCAGAAGGGGAUUGGGAAUGGGGCGGUGUCAGUGACUGGACGACGGCUGCUGAACAAGGGAUGGGUGGCGGUGGAUGUGUCCGCGGGCAACGGACCCUCUGUGGGUGUCAAGGGCUCCCGGACGCUCAGUCAGAAGGUGUUUGCCAACUUUGGGGGCAGUCUGAAUCUGCGCUCCGGUGCCAUUGUGCCCACGUUCAUGUCCUCCCUGGCGUGUCAACUGAGCAAACACACCGUGGGCUACCUCACGUACAACCUUAGCGGUAUGACGCGCUCCAUGUCCACCACGGUGGAGCAGAACACGGAGAAGCACCACUUCCAAGUCACCCUGCUGGUGGGCAUCCCGCAUAGCUACAUCUCGGCCGCCUACACGCGCAAGCUGCAGGAGCAGGAGCUGAAGCUGCGCGUGGCCACGAAGCUGGGCACCUUCGGAGUGCUGGCCGAGUAUGGCGCGGAGAAGAAGAUCUCCAAGUACAGCUCCGUCGUGGCCACAGUGUCUGUGGGCGUUCCCACUGGCGUCACGCUGAAGCUCAAAUUCACCAGAUCCACGCAGACCUUCAUCUUCCCGAUCCACUUGAGCGAAGAGAUCAUCCCGGCUGCCGUCUUCUACGCCACCGUGACGCCGCUGUGCGUGUUCUUCGUGCUGAAGCGGCUCGUGAUUGAGCCGAUGAACGACGAAAAGCGCCAGCGGCGGAUCGACAAGACCAAAGAAGUCAACCGGGAGCGCAUGGCGGCCAAGAAGAAAGAGGCUGAGUCGUCAAUUGACCUCAUGUCGGCCACUUUCGAGCGCAUCCGCGACGACGAGACGAAGACGCACGGCCUGAUCAUCGACAGGGCGACUUACGGGCGCGUGCGAGCUGAAAACGAGGAGCGCUUCGACGUCACGGUGCCACUGCAGUGCCUGGUGAAGAGUGGACAGUUGAAACUGCACGCCACGCCCAAGAGCGAGCUGCCCGGAUUCUACGAUCCGUGCGUGGGCGAGGAGAAGACACUGAGGAUCAGGUGCACAUAUCGCGAAACGAGUCACAGCAUCGAGAUCUCGGACAACGAAUCACUUCAGCUACCAGGAACGCUGCUGGCCAACUAAAGUGUCGCACUUUCCUGCUUGUGCAUAAAUAGUUGGAGAAAAAAACAUCCAGAUUUGGGGGCUUUUAGAGUACAAUAUACGAUCGUUGGUG